GGCGCGUCCAGGGGCGGCGCGGCUCUCUCCCUCUGCCACAUCCUGGCGAGCGCCGGGCCGGCUGCAGAGGGAAUUCACUUUGCCGCCUUCGCGCGUCCUGCAACCUCGGGGCUGCUCCGCACGGCUGGCCACCUCCACCUCUGACCGCGAAAACUUUGCAACGCUUUCUUGACCUUUUCCUUCGAUUAUUUAUUAAUUAAAAACAGUAUUUUUCUUGCCCUCUUUUUGGAGGAGAGGCUCCAAAGUUCCGCGCACUGGAGCCGCGGCGCCCGGAGGGUGCUUGGCGGCGGUGCGCCCGCCCCACCAUGUGCACCAACAUAGUUUACGAGUGGCUGAGAGCGCUGCAGCUUCCGCAGUACGCCGAGUCCUUCGUGGACAACGGCUACGACGACCUGGAGGUGUGCAAGCAGAUCGGGGACCCGGACCUGGACGCCAUCGGGGUGCUGGCGCCCGCGCAUCGCCGCCGCAUCCUGGAGGCCGUGCGCCGCCUGCGGGAGCAGGAUGCCGCCGCCGCCGGCCUCUACUUCACGCUGGAGCCGCAGCCGCCCCCCGCCGCCCCCGGGCCGCCCGCCGCCGCCGCUGCCGCUGCCGUCGCGGGGUCCGCCGGCCGCCGCGGGGAGCCGUGCGGAGGUUCGGCCCAGGGUCCCCGGGGGGAGCCCCGCGUCAGGGAGCUGGUGAGCUACCCCAAACUGAAGCUGAAGAUCAUGAUCAGGGAUAAGCUGGUCCGCGACGGCAUCCACCUGAGCAAGCCCCCGUACUCCCGCAAGACUCCGAGUGGCAUCUAGAAGCUGAGAGACACCUCUGUUUAUCUAUCAGCAACACAUUCUAAAGCUCUCAGCCCUAUGACUUCAAGGAAAUGAAUUAUUCCAAGAAGUCAGGGAGCUUGAAAGUGGACUCUUCUCCAGCUGAGCCUCCAGAUGAGAAUGUAGCCCAGCACAUUCCUGGACUGUAGUUACUGAGAUCUUGAUGAAAAGAGGCAAUUAUUCGUGCCUGGACUUCUAACUAUACAAGUUGUGAGAAAAAUAAAUGUGUGCUAAGGUACUGACUGAGUUUUAAAAAACUUUCGUGUAGCCGUAGGAAACUAACAGAAUUUACUAUCACUCAUCUUUUUCUAACAUUUAAAUAUUUUAAUGAUGCUAUUUAACAUACAUUUUAGUAUAUAAUGAAUCAGACAUAUGCAGUUUCUCAUACGUGAAAUCCCUAAAAUAAUCAAAUUAAAAGACAAACCCAAAGUUGUUCAGUAUGCCCUUCUAAUUCUCUGCUUCUGUC